AUGCUAGCAAACAUAGGUCAGGACAUAAGUGAGUUGAAAAGCUUUAGGGAUGAUGUGAGAUCUACCUUAAGGUACCAUGGUGAAAAACUCAAGAGGAUGGAGUCUCGAGUAGGAGAGCUAUCUCAACAGGCCCCCAAGUCAACUGCAGUGUUCCCUAGUGACACAGAAAAGAAUCCUAAAGGGGAACAAAAAGGAGUGAAAUGGGAAGAAUGCAAGGCCAUCACCAUAUUGAAGGAAGUCUCAAAAGAAGAAGGAAUCAGACCCUCAGAACAGGAGCCAGAAAUCUUGAAGGAAGGUGUGGAAGAAGCUAAGCAGGAAAGUGAAACUGAGCAAGCCAAGGAACUGCAAAAUAAAGGCAUGCUGGAAACAUACCAACCAAAAGCACCAUUUCCUCAGAGGUUAGGAGGAGGUGAAAAAGAGAAAACAUAUUCAAGGUUUUUAGAGACAUUUAAGUCUCUCCAUAUCAAUAUUCCCUUUCUUGAGAUUCUCCAGCAAAUGCCUACACAUAUCAAGUAUUUGAAGGAAUUGCUGAGCAAGAAAAGAGUUUUGAAGGGAGGACAAACUGUAAUCAUGAACAAAGAAUGCAGUGCCCUCAUCAAGAAGGACAUAAGGCUACAACUGAAUGAGGUGAGAUCCACUGAUGUAAUCAUACAACUGGCUGACAAAACUCAAAAGCAAGCUAAAGGGGUAGUUGAGAAUGUGCUUGUGAAAGUGGGAAAUUAUUUCUUCCCCACAGACUUUGUCAUUUUGGACAUGGAGGAAAGCUACCUACACCCUAUUAUUCUGGGAAGGCCAUUUCUAGCCACUGCUAGAGCACUCAUAGAUAUAGAACAAGGAAAGCUAAUUUUGAGAGUACAUGAUGAACAGUUCAUUUUCCAUGUUUUCAAACCUGCAUCUGAGCCUGAACCAGAACCUGAAAAGCCGAUGGAUGAUAGUAGCCAUCUGUGUUUAGAGGAAAGCAAUCCAGCAGCUGAAACUUUGAAACAGUCUUUGGAAGGCAAACAAGAAUUGCAAGAGUUAAAGCCAUAA